CCGGAAAGAAUUCCCUGCAGCUGUACUGUUUUUGUUGUUGUUGCUAGUCGUUGGGAAAUAGAUUUUUGCGUUUUAGCUAUUCGUUUAUUUUUAUACAAUUAAGUGAGGUUUAUUAAGAUGGGAAAGAAGCACAAAAAAUACAAACCGGAAUGGAGAACUGUGGACGGAGAUUAUGAGGACCAGCCCUUGGACAAGCCGUUGAAGUUGGUGUUGAAGGUUGGGGGCAGCGAGGUCACUGAACUCUCUGGCUCGGGGCACGAUUCGAGUUACUACGAUGACCGCUCCGACCACGAACGGGAGCGCCACAAAGAAAAGAAAAAGAAGAAGAAGAAAAAAUCUGAAAAGGAGAAGGACAAGCACAUGGAUGAUGAGGAAAGAAGAAGAAGAAAGGAGGAGAAGAAGAAAAAGCGUGAAAGGGAGCAGCUAGAAAAUGCAGCCAGUGCCCCUGUCGAGCCCUUCACCCUGACUAAGCCUGUUGAGGUGGUGGUGGAAGAAAGGAAGAGGAAGAGGGAAAAGUUUGAGCCCGAGGCUGAAGAGUUUCACCCCAGUGUGAAGGUAGAGUCGGAGACGCAGGUGGACCGGCCUGUCCGAGCCUGCCGCACUCAGCAAGAGAGCGAAAGCACGCCUCGCCAGCAACUCCUUGAGCACUUCCUGCGUCUUCUACAGAGGAAAGAUCCUCAUGGGUUUUUUGCCUUCCCGGUGACGGACGUCAUAGCACCAGGAUACUCCACAAUCAUCAAACACCCCAUGGACUUCAGCACCAUGAAGGACAAAAUUGCUAUGAACGAUUACAAAACAGUCACAGAGUUUAAGGCCGACUUCAAGCUGAUGUGCGACAACGCCAUGGUGUAUAACAGACCUGAGACAGUCUACUAUAAAGCUGCUAAGAAGCUUCUUCACACUGGGUUCAAGAUGAUGAGCAAAGAGCGGCUGUUAGCUCUGAAGCGCAGCAUGUCUUUCAUGCACGACAUGGAUUUCUCUCAGCAGGCCGCCAUUCUUGGCGACGAGGACGUGGCCGGUGAGGAGCCUGUUCCAGAAGUCACGCAUUUCCACCCGGAGUCUGCCAAAAAGUCCAAAAAGCAGCCAGUUAAAGAGCCCAUGAUGAGUGAUCUGUACGAGCCAGAGGGAAAUGCGUGUAGCCUGACGGACAGCACGGCGGAGGAACACGUCCUGGCGCUAGUGGAGCACGCCGCUGAUGAGGCCCGCGAUCGCAUCAACCGCUACAUGCCAAACUCGAAGGUAUGCGAUGUCUAUGCACUACUGUUCAGAAAGACACAUAAAGCAAAUGUGCUUCCUAACAAGGUUUUUUUAUGUGUGUGUGUGUGUGUGUGUAUUCAGAUAGGAUACAUUAAAAAGGAAGGAGAUGGAGCUCUGGUUUAUAAUGUAGUGAAUCAGGAUCCAGAGGCAGAAGAUGAAGAAACCCAUACUGUGGAUUUAAGCUCACUGUCGAAUAAACUGUUACCUGGAUUUACAACACUGGGCUUCAAAGAUGACCGGAGACACAAGGUGACAUUCCUCAGCAGUGCGUACAACACUCAGACACUACAGAACAACUCUGUCUACCCGGACCUGCUUCCUGAGGAGAUGGACAUGCUGUACUCUGCUUAUGGGGACGAGACGGGGGUGCAGUGCGCUCUCAGCCUCCAGGAGUUUGUAAAGGACUGCGGCGGCUUUACCAAGAGGUUCGUCGAUGAUCUGUUAGAUAAAAUGACAGCCAACGAUCACUCCAAGGCCAUCUACCAAAUCCGACAGAAAAGAAACAUGCCAGUGGACGAAUCCAAGUCUGCUUUAUGUGACAUGCAGAGUGCAGACGAAGCCAUAAUGGACAGUAGAUCAGUGCUGGACUUCAUGGGUCUGAAGAAUUACCCAGAUAUGACCCUGGACAUGCUCAACCCUCUGGCAGGGAAACCUGUAAAGAAGGAGCCGGAGCAUGAGGACAGCCACCAGCACUUUGAUGACACGGCCAAGCUCCUACAGGAAUUCCAGGACGCAGCGGUGGACAGGGUCGGAUCCAGACCGUCCUCCAAUCUCUCCUCUCUCUCCAAUGUCUCAGAGAGAGACCAGCACCAUUUAGGAAGCUCACCUCACAUGGGUGUUGGAGACCAAUCGGAGAUGGUUCACGACCCUUACGAAUUCUUGCAGUCUCCAGAGCCGGACUCGGGCAGCUGACAUGUGCGACGUUUGUGUGUGUAAAUGGACUGAGUUCUGUGUGAUUGUGUGCUCGUGUCUGUGAGCUUGUACAGAAUAGCUACAUUGGUUGUCAAUGUAUUGUUUUUUUCUUUCUUUUUUUUUUACAAUAAAUGCUCCUGAUGAGUUUGUAUUUGC